UGGCUUCUUAUUGUUUUCGCCCUCAAGUAAUCCCCGUCGUGUAUAAGAACAUUCGCAGAAUGGGCGUCAUUAGCGGAUAUCCCGUUUCCUCUAUCCCUUCCCCACGAUCUCUUUCACUUUAUAACGACAACCUAUGACCCGAGUUCCCGUCGAGCUGUACCGCUGCAUCGUCGAAUGCGUUACCGACCGCAAGACCCUCCUCUCCCUACUUCUCACUAAUCACGUCCUUCAUGAUGAAGCUGAGCGUAUACUCUACCGCGAUGUCAGUAACAUCUUCGAUAUCGAGUCCGACCACACGUGUUGGAAGCUUCUGCCGAUUGCUCUCCGUGCUCUCACGAAUCUCAAAAUGCUCGUCUUUAGGUCCAUCGGAGGAUCUUUAGAGGCAUACAUCCCGAGCGACUGUGCGUGCCAUGUACUUCCUGAGAGCAAAGGAUCAGAGCUUUCACAUUUCCUCCCCACUCAGCAUCGCCUCCGGACCAUUCAGAAUCUCCAAUGGCGUCCCGACUAUCAAGUACCGCCUCCGUCCUCACUCCCGGCGCUGUCAACGCUCAGUGGAAACUAUGAUGCGAUCAAGGCCCUCCUUCCUGGGAGGACUGUUACAAGUUUGCACUGGAUAUCUGAUGUGAAGGAUGUUCGGCAUCCCGACGUUUCGGAGUUGGUGGAGCCUCUAGGCAACCUGGAGACGUUCCGGUUGGGUGGACAUCACGAGCGUCCGUCUUUGGCACUUUUAGCAGAACACCUCUCCAAGGUGAAGGUACUGGAAUUGUUCGGCGUUAAGCCCGGAGAUCUUGAAUGCAUUGACAAACUUCCGCAUCUCGAGGAGCUCAAGGUCUCGACGCAGUGGGGCUCUUCCUCUAAUGGUCCCAUAUCUCCGAGAGACGCCGCGAGUGUAGUGUCAAAGCUCUUUGACUCUGCGCCGGCUCUGCAGUAUGUGGACAUUGCUCAGCCCGUGUAUUGGCCCAUCCCUGCGUUCUGCCAGGCAUAUGACCGUUGGUGGCGUGGCUCGACGAAGCCCGAGACCAUUCAGCACCUUGCUUUCUGAUUAUGCUCAUGUUCAUAUUUUUUUUUUCGCUUUCGUUCUUCCUUGCAUACCUCACAUCUAGAUUAUUAAUCCUAUUGCAAGCAUGUCGUUGCCACAAAAGUCAGCAUACUCAGAUUCGUAUAACUCAUGCACACUACGUCUGCUCUUUAUAGUUAAUUAUUCCAAGCGUACCCGUAACCUGUAUCUCACAUACGUAGUCGUCACACCUAAAUAAUUCCAUAUGCAUUACCUGCCAUUGAUGCUGACGUCCAUUUUGCCAUUUAUUGUUCUACCGAAAGAGAUUGAUGCAUGACGUGACGGAGGAGAAACACAACGUGAUGG